AUGAAGCUCGUGGAGCAGCUGCCAGCAUAUGGACAACAUUUCUUCAAGGUCAGGGACAAAUGUGGGUUGCCAUGGUUGCUGGCAGUAGGUGGAAAGGGUCUGCACGUUUAUGACUACAAUGAUCUAAAGGUGCCGAGGAAAGAAUUUUUAUGGAAGCAAAUAAACGAUCUGCACCACAAGGAGAAGAAAUUUGUCAUGACCGUUGGGUGA